AUGUCCUGACAGCCUGGUCAGCUCGCCUACACUGGCUGUUGCGUCGCACUCCCCCAUCUGGCAUAGACAAGACGCGGCGCGCCGAGAAACUGACGUGUUUUGCGCAUUUCCUGCAGCAGCGUUUCGACGGUCGGGGGGGAGAAGAGGUAGGUCUGCAGGAAACCAAGAACAGCAACGGCGAGAGAACAUCCUGGGAGGAUAAGGAGCGAACAGAAACCAAGAAAACCACAACCUAGAGUCGACCUGCAACUAUACAUUGCUUGAGCUAUUCACAAGUCGAGUAGCCUGUUUGGGAAACAUCCCAAAUGCACUGCAAGGAGGGCAGGAGUCGCCCUAUCUUCCAACAGUGGAAUACGAGUGUUUCCAGAGCCCAGUGGAGUUGCAGAGGAUAGAUAUCUUUGAUAGAUUUUGCUCUGUCGAGUUGCGGUUUGGGUAGGCUGUUGAUAUCCCAACUGCUGCAUGGUCAUAUUUUUCCUGCGUAUACGCUUCUCAAAACGUGUAUUAAUUAUAUUCAAAAGAAAGGCUUUGUCUGGUUAAAACCCAAAUGUGGAUUAUCAUUGUGAAAACCGAAACUGUUAAAGGGCAAAAACAAGAACAUUUACUGUCUCUGGACUGUUUCAAAACGACUGAUAAGCAUCCGAUUGGUACGUGUGUGAUAGAGUGACACGGGACGGCAUUUUCCCCUUAUAUUCAAGUCACAACCUCUUUGAAAAACCAUUCAGUCCGUGGUCUUAUUUUGAGGAUUCAAACGCUACAUAAAACUAGGCUAAAUUAUUUAUGACCCGUUGAAGUGGCUGGGUUAAAGGAAUAUAUUGUAAACAACCAUUCUUGUUCCAAAGCCCAUUGAAGAGGAUUACAUCACCGCAAUGGUGGUUUUCAAUGGGUUAUUGAAGAUCAAGAUUUGUGAGGCGUUGGACUUGAAACCGACGGCUUGGUCUCUCAGGCAUGCGGUUGGCCCAAAAACCCAGACUUUUCUCCUAGACACCUACAUCGCACUAAACGUGGAUGACUCGCGUGUGGGCCAAACCUCCACCAAACAGAAAACCAACAGCCCUGCGUGGAACGACGAGUUCGUUACGGAGGUGCAUGACGGAAGGAAAAUCGAACUGUCGGUGUUUCACGACGCGCCAAUUGGAUAUGACGAUUUCGUGGCUAACUGCAUCAUACAGUUUGAAGAUAUAUUGCAGAAUGGCAGUAAGCACUACGAGGAAUGGAUUGACUUGGAGCCUGAGGGGAGGGUGUACGUCAUCAUGGACCUGUCUGGAUCGUCUAGUGAAGCUCCAGGCUCCAGUGAGAAUGCAGAGGAGCGUGUGUUUCGGGAGCGCAUGCGGCCAAGGAAGAGGCAGGGUGCCGUACGAAGGAGGGUCCAUCAGGUCAAUGGACACAAGUUCAUGGCCACCUACCUGCGGCAGCCUACCUACUGCUCCCACUGCAGAGACUUUAUAUGGGGUGUGAUCGGGAAACAGGGCUACCAGUGUCAAGUGUGCACGUGUGUAGUCCAUAAGCGCUGCCACGAGCUCAUCAUCACAAAGUGUGCUGGGAUGAAGAAAGACAAAGAGGACACUACACCAGAGGAGGUUGGAUCCCAACGGUUCAGUGUUAAUAUGCCUCAUAAGUUUGGUAUUCACAACUUCAAAGUCCUAACAUUCUGUGACCACUGUGGAUCACUAUUGUGGGGACUGCUCAGACAAGGGCUGCAAUGCAAAGUCUGCAAGGUGAAUGUACACAGACGCUGUGAAAGUAACGUGGCCCCUAACUGUGGGGUGGACGCGAGGGGCAUCGCCAAGGUUCUGUCUGACCUGGGGGUCACACCAGACAAGAUCUCCAGCAGUGCCCAGAGGAGGAAAAAGAUAACCCAAGAACCCCAGCAGCCGUUACCAUGUACCCCCCAGACAGAGGAGGACCGAUCCAAAUCGGCCCCCACCUCCCCAUGUGACCAAGAUCUGAAAGAGUUGGAGAACAUCCGCAAGGCGCUGUCGUUUGAGCAACGUGGACAGGAACACAAGUCAGCCUCGUCCUCCUCUUCCAGCAGGGUGGGGUUGGGCUCAGAGGUGGGCGAGGCCCGAGAGAACGGAGAACUCAAGAUCAUCCAGACCAAGAGGAUGACCCUGCAGGACUUCCUCUUCAUCAAGGUCCUGGGCAAAGGCAGCUUCGGAAAGGUGAUGCUGGCUGAGCUGAAAGGAACUGAUGAAGUGUAUGCUGUGAAGGUGCUGAAGAAAGACGUGAUCCUGCAGGAUGAUGAUGUGGACUGUACCCUUACAGAGAAACGCAUCCUGGCCCUGGCUAGGAAACACCCCUACCUGACCCAGCUCUUCUGCUGCUUCCAGACCAAGGACCGUCUGUUCUUUGUGAUGGAGUACGUGAACGGAGGAGACCUUAUGUUCCAGAUCCAGCGAUCCAGGAAGUUUGACGAGGCGCGCUCUCGCUUCUAUGCCGCCGAGGUCACGUCUGCCCUCAUGUUCCUUCACCAACAUGGAGUAAUCUACAGAGAUCUGAAAUUGGAUAACAUCCUGUUGGAUGCACAUGGCCACUGUAAGCUGGCUGACUUUGGCAUGUGUAAGGAGGGGAUCCUCAACGGAGUCACCACCACCACCUUCUGCGGGACCCCUGACUACAUCGCUCCUGAGAUCCUACAGGAGCUAGAAUAUGGCCCCUCUGUGGACUGGUGGGCUCUGGGGGUGCUUAUGUACGAGAUGAUGGCGGGCCAGCCCCCCUUCGAGGCUGACAAUGAGGAUGACCUGUUUGAGUCCAUUCUCCACGAUGAUGUCCUCUACCCAGUGUGGCUAAGCAAGGAGGCAGUCUCCAUCCUGAAAGCGUUCAUGACGAAGAGUCCAAACAAGCGUCUGGGCUGUGUGAUCACCCAGGGCUUGGAGGAGGCCAUCAAGGUUCAUCCCUUCUUCAAGGAGAUCGACUGGGUUCUGCUGGAGCAGAAGAGGGUCAAACCACCCUUCAAACCUCGCAUUAAAACCAAAAGGGACGUGAACAACUUUGACCAGGACUUCACUCGCGAGGAGCCUGUCCUCACCCCUGUAGAAGACGCCAUUAUUAAGCAGAUUAACCAAGAUGAGUUCAAGGGUUUCUCCUACUUUGGAGGGGAGGAGACUCUGUCCUAAGGCCUGCACACACACACACACACACACACACACACACACACACACACACACACACACACACACACACACACACACACACACACACACACACACACACACAGAUGCUGUCUGCCUCAUCUUUGUGUUUAUGCACGCACACCAACACACACACAUGCAUGUAUAGACACACAUACAUGUAUAUGCAGAAACACUGACAUACACACUCGCAUUCACGAACACACACACACACACACACACACACACACACACACACACACACACACACGCAUACAUAUAUUCUCACAUACAGACAUCCAGAAAUAUACUGUACAAUACACACAGAGUAAAUUAUUACAUUCACACACUCAUACAACACUCCGGCCAUUAGGGCCUCUGAUUAGUAACAACUCCAAAACAUAAACAUGAUCAUCUACAGCGCUGUACCAGUAUAUUUUUCUGUCUGUCCAUCAGUGCAUGUUUUCUAUGUUAAAAAUCUAUGUAAUUCGAGAGUAGGUCAUAUAGGAAGCCCAUCUGCUUUAUUAUCAAGUUCCUAUUGGCUGGUCCAGAUCACUCCUGAUCCAAUCAGAGCGGUAAAAAAAAAAACUCAUUGUGGUGGUGGGUGGCCAAUGGAUUGGCCUCCUGAGACUGAAUAUAGCCUGGCCCUUGGCCCGGGCUGAUAACAGUGAUGAAAGCUCCUCACAGUCCUGCCCCAGAUUAUGUCACAAGGCCCUUUCCAGUGGACUAUGAAAUGAACAGGGAAUGUUUGUGUGACGGUGUCAACUUUAUGUGUAUAUAAGGAUUAAAAGGUCAGGGGUUAUGUGUGCAUUGGGCAGGGGUCUUGUUCGACAAGGUCUUCGUACGAUAGGUCAUACUUUCAACUGUUUCGACAAAUAUCCUAGUUCCUCAGUGAGUAUAUGACACUGAAACAAUGAUAUUAUUAUAUUAAUCUGUAAUUUCUCAAGCUGUCCUUUAAGUCUCUCGAUGUAUUAGAAUCUCCUCUGUCGUGUUUGAAUGCGAAAAACCAAAUCCUUAGAACCAAUGAUUGUAUUUAAAAAAGCUAUAAAAAAACGAUUGGUUCACAGUAUCAAUAAAAAAGAGAAGCCUGUAACUAUUGAUACUGUUUCAAAGUUUCCUCACGAUCAAAACAUGCCAGAAUUAGAAUGAGUCCAUGUAUAGUACAUCAAAUGCCUUUUGUGUGUAACUGCGAACCAGUUACGUAUUGUAGAUAUGCCCACAGUGUUAUGGUAGUCUAGAUUCAUAUAUUCCAAAUGAAUGCCAUGGGUUUCAAUGUGGAAGAAUGUGCUUGUAUGCAUGAGUGAUCGUGGGAAUACAACUGAAUGUAUCGCAUCUGUUUGCGUGCACGUGUGUGUGUGUGUGUCUGUUAGUAUACUGCGAGGUAGUUGUUUGUGUGAGUUUGUUUUUGAGUGCGAUAUAGGCAGUGGGUUCAUGAGAAUGGCCCUUUUGAAGCUUUUUACAUUUCAUUGGGUCAGUUUUAUUUCAUUGUGUGUUUUAUUUCAUUAUGUUUGAUUUGUCGUGAUUUUACUGGAUUGUCUUGUUGCUCAGAGUUUGAAAUCCUGGAUUUCCCUGCUAUACAACAAGACUCACAAUCAUGUGGGUGAAGGCAUCACCAGAUAGCUGUGUCUUUCCCUCUGUACAGAUCACCUUGUAUAUAGAAGCCUGUGGACUUCUUGGAGAAAUAGAGGUAUCAUCCUUUGCAUGGUCAUGCAUAUGAUAUUAUUGUGUAUUAUUAGAAUAUGAAAACGUUACAAUGUCCAUGUGCAAUAUUCUGUGUAUGUUUCUGUCUGUUUCUGCUUUCCUUUUCUUUCUUGCCGGGUGUCUUCACUGUUCUUCCCACCGCUGACUCUUUGCUGUUGUUCUGUUUGGUUUUUACAUAUAUAUGCAUGGCUGUUUUCAUUUGCCUGUCCUCAACUCAGCUGAUAGCCAUGUCUAUGUGCUUCCUUCAGAAUGCUCCAUCAAACCACCCCACCACCCCUUUCCCUGCCCUCUCUCCUUAACUCUCUUUGAAAAGGUCAACAUUUCCUAUAGCAUAUCUCUUUAAAACAUCAAUGUAACCAAAGGUAGCAAAGCUAUUGGACUAAUUCAUUUUAUGGAAACCAUUGACCUUCUCAAUGCACUCAUGCCUAAUAACUCUCUGACCAGUAUAUGGUUUAUUGCAGGUCUACACCAAAUCAAGGUAAAGUCCAAUCUACUCUCAAAUUCUAUCAAUAACCAUGUUGCUUUGUUUCAAUACUGCAAGUAGUACAUUCCGUUUUGGAGUAGAAACUUUAAAGUAACGUUUGAAAUUUGGAGAUAUAGUAGUAGGACUAUUUGCAAUUGAAGAGGCAGGGGUGGCACUGUGGUAGUGAAAGUAGCAGUACUGUAGAAGGAGCCGUAGCAUUUGUUAUUGUAGUAGUAGUUUAAGUAGUGUAGAUGUAGUAUUAUUAGUAGCAUGUAUAAUAGUGCUAGCUCCACUAGCAGUAGCAGUUAUGGUAUGGGGAGCAGGAGUAACUGUAGCAACAGUGGUAGUAACAGUAGUAACAGUAGUAAUAGUGGACAGUAUCAUGGUGUCAACUGUCAAAGCGUUACUGAUCAAGCAGUAUUUAAAAGGCUUUAAACAUGCCUCAUACUAGAUCCUGAAAAUGCUUAACGCCCCCCCAGCACACACACCACUGCAUGUAGGCCUUUCAUACACCUAAAGCACCCAUGCAUUUGACACGUAGGCACCUGUGUCAAUGGAUCACAUGAUCCCCCUCUGUUACCCAGUUAGUGCAUAGCAACAUGAGAGCCGUGUUAAAGGAUCUGAAGGUGAAGAGGACAUUUGACAGACGUCACCAUUCAGGCUGGCACAAUGCUGUUUCCUUAUGCCGUUUUUUUAGGAUGUAACCGUUACAGUACUUGUCUCCCCUCGUAUAGCUCAUAUCUACCCUCUUCUCUCUGUCUGUAUCGUGUCCUUUAAUUUCAUAUACCUGUCUCUUUGGUUUACAGUCUCUCUGUUUUGUCUGUGCUUCUCGAUGUUAGGCCUCUUAUGUUUGUGUUUUGUAAGAUGACGGAUCACUGUCCUAGGGUGGCCCUGCAGGUCCAAAAUCCUCCAUGCCAAAUUCUAACUCCAAUUGUCCAUCCUCCUUCUUUUAUUUGGACUUUUUAAACUGUCUGUAAUAGGAAGAAGAAAGAACAGCACAUAGGAAACCCAUUUGGUCUGUUGUAAUGUCAAUGAACCAGUAACGCUCAAUAAGUAUAAUAUACUGUACAUGGCUGGAGAAGUACCUCUUAAAUUGUGUGUAACAAUAUGUCUGGCUGAGUAUUAUGUAUUUUUUUACAUACAGUAGAAUAAAACAUACAGACAUCUGAAUUAUAUUACUGUAUGUACCUCUACAUUUAGGAUCGGUUUCCCGGACCCAAAUUAAGACUACUUCUGGACUAAAAAGCAUGUUCAAUAAAGAAUAUCUAUUGAAAUGGCUUUUUAAACCAGGACAAGGCUUAUUUCUGGGUCUGGGUAACCGGAUUUAAUUUGCGGUUUCUGUAUUGUGAAGCUUUAUAUGUACAAUUUGUCACCUGACUGAUGUUUUAUUUUGAAUUCCUUUGCCAUUUAUUAGUGUUAUGUAAGCAUUUUGCUGUGUGCCAAAUGUACUGUAUUCUAAAGGAUGUGAAUGUGUAUUGUUUGUUUUUGGAACCUAUUAAAUAUGAUGUCAAAACAAA